UGGUCGCGUGGAAAGCAUCGCAAACUAUAAAUGGCAUGUCGAAUCCUGAAGAACUCGAUACACGUAUCCAACAGCUGGUGGAAGAUACACUUCAACGUCACCAAGAGCAAACAUUGGCAGCUGCUACCUCUGUUGCUGAAACAAUUGCUUCACGUUUUUUAGACAGCCAACAGUCAAAGAUUGAUAAAGCGUUGGAAUCUCAAAAGAAAUUGGCCAGCGUCAAUCUAAAAGGCAAAGGAAAUCAACACCAAUUUAACUUUUGCGAAAACGUUAUGGACAAAUUCGACAAGGCAGCGGACAGUUUGGCGGAUAAGGACAUCGAAAAAGCGCAAAAAUUGUUGUCUGAAGGAAGAUGUGAAAAGAACAAAAUCAUUAACCACCUCUGUGUGCAACUUGGCAUUCAAGGAUCUGGAACCUCUAAGGCAAAGCAAAGCAGAUUUCAUUAUUACGAAGGAGAGGUUACAUAUCAUCCAAGACAAAAAAUGCAUAUGCCCCUGGGGUGA